AUGCCCCACAACAAAGGAAAAACGGUCGGAAAGAUGGACAGGGUUGCAAAGAAUCUCAGUCGCCUUGAGACUAAGCUUCGUCAUGUACAACGAAACGAUAAUUGUGGAAGGCUCGGCCCCACUGGGCAUGCGAAGAAGCUAAUUGACAAGCCCAAGGGUCAGGCAGGGAGAUCAGAGCUAAAAGGAGGGUAUAAUCUUCAACAAGCGAUGGGAUUGGCCGGUGACAACCGGAAAUAUAAUGCGUUUAGAGCACAGCGCAAACACCAGUUUCUGGCAAAGUUCCGUGACAAUUGGCCAUUCAAUGACUUUGUGGCUAGUUAUCUUCGCAAUCAUGUCCAAUACACAAAGAAGCAUGCAAGUGAGGACGACUCAGAGACAGAUGACUCAGAUCUCAGUGACGGGGAACUUGAUGACAUGCUUAAUGAUGGUGACAAUACUUCAACCUCAACUUCACGACGAAAACGACACCAGCGCAUACAUGAUUCAGAUGAUUCAGGGACUGACGAGGAGCACAACUCACGACCUCAAAAAAAACUCAAGUUCGCACAUGUGUCUAUUCCUGCUCGUGCAAAGCCAGCUCCAGCACCUCGCAUAAAGCCAGCUCCGAAGUCAAGGAUGACCCAGGCUCCUUCUCGCCAUCUAGACCUGCCGCUGCCCACUCCAACCCGUCCAGACCCACCACCUGCCACCAAGUCGAAGCCAAUAUCCUCAUCAGACACACGCACCACGAAGGUUGCAACAGAAGGUCCAUCAACUACCAAGCCGAAAGCAAAAGCUGUGCCUAUUCCUCGCAGCACUCGUGCCAAGACCAAGCCUAAACCACUGGCAACUGAAGCCUCUGCGGCACAUCUCAAGAUUGACACUGCCAUCAAUGAUGAUGAUGACACUUAUGAGUUUGCUGACCUCCCCUUGGUCUGUCCGAACAAUAACUGCAGGGAUCUUGUGCCGGCAGACCCCAAUAUUGAGCUGGUCAAACAGCUUCGACAGUGGAAUUCUUUCAAGAACACUAACCGCUGUUUGACAUCAGAGGGUCUACGGCUGGAGCUCGAGAUAUGCGCAGCACUUCGACAACUGCGUGAAGAAAAGCUCAAUAUUCAACGCGCCAAAGCACGAGGAUGGCCAACUAUCAUCACCUGGGAGACCGUCUCAGAUCGAGUCCUCCAAAUGGAGGCUGAGUUGAAUCUCAUGAUUCACGAUAAGAACACAAGGCGCUACAGUUUUUUCAACAACAUGUUUCUUGAAGAUCUUUCUUCCACAGGUCUGCAAAGUGACUCCGCCGAACGAGAAUUUUCCAAGCUGGCCAUCACCAGCAGACAGCGCAUACCGGCAAUGGUUACAAAUCACGCUCGUCCUGGAUACUACGGGGAGAAAGGAAAAGCGAUAAUCCAGUCUGCGAUAUUUUCCAUGUUCGACCAUGAACAGAUUUCCAACGAGGCCUUCGCUCCCCUUGACUUCAAGGUCUAUAUCGAAUACUACCUCAUACCUUGGGUCGCUAUCCACUUAAUAUUGAAGGACCUUGAAUGCAGUCUAGAAGAGGCAUAUGAAGAGAUGAUUGCUAGCGCUGAUUCAGGUGUUUCUUUGCAUCCAAUGACCGAAGAAGACUCACGCAUUGAAAGAAUUACAUGCCAACACUGUGUAAUGGCUGCCGAGAAACGGGUUGAGAAGGUCGAGCGCUUCCGCAAGGAGAUGAAUGAUGAAAUCGAGAAGGGAAAGGAGGAACAGAGGAUGCAUGACGAUUUAGCUGCAAAGAUUGCUGCCAAGGUGUGUAGUAUCAUGUUUUGCGUUCGGUCAUGGGCUUAA